GUCUGACUGCGGGACAUGCGGGUUCCGGAUCCGCGAACAUGGACCGUAUCGCGGACCUCUUCCACGAUAUCCUUCUCUUUCUGCCGGGUUUUCUUCGGGGGUGGCGGUGGUGCAUUCCGGGGAGAGCUCUUGUCGUCUCCAAAUGGGUCGGACGAGGAGCGGGCGCGGUAAUGGCUGGGUGAGACGGCAGCCAUGGCGGUGGUGGAGAGAGUGGGUCAGCAAGGGUGGUUGCUGCCGUUCCCAAAUCAAGCCAACCUGUCACAAGCCUUGGCGUCAUCAUGUACUCAUUAUGUACACGGUCAAGAUCCCCGCUCUCUCCAGUUGGCCUGCUCUGCUGGGGCAGACGGGGCCCCCAUGACGACCGUGCUUCAUUCACCAAUGAAAUUAUCCCCGUUCCAGGUAAAUUCCAACUUCCUGUUGACCGUCAUGGCUCCAUCUUUUGUUACCUCCUCGCGUGUGUGUUUUGCCGUCCGGCCCCCGAUACCGAUCCGUUCGCCCCCGCAGUGCCGAAUUGCCGUGAUGCCAUCACUCAUUCUCAGGCUUCCAAUCCACCCCACCCUCAUGACUGUUUGGACACGAGAUGCAGUUGCCGCCGAAAUACUCGCAGGGGCUCAUCUAAUUGUCUACCAUGGCCUGCUCCUCCGCAUACCUCCAAAAUGGCUGGAACAACAUCCUGGUGGUGCCCUGUCGAUUCUCCACUUUGUUGGACGAGACGCAACCGACGAAAUCGACUCGUACCAUCCAGACCCCGUCCUCAAGAGCAUUCGGAAGUACCAGGUUGGAACCGUGGAGCUGCCAUGGAAGCCUCUGCUUCCUCCUGUUAUGUCUGGCUGGGUUAGGACAGAUACCAAGACCUGGUUUAAGGAGGCGCAGACUCAUCGCAAGGGCGCUACCCAAAUUCUCUUGAUUCAAAACCGGACGGAGAGUCUGGAUGCACCCACGCGUGACCAGAUCGAGCCACCGACCUCUACCCUGUCACUCGAGGAUCAGACCCGACAUUCAGACGCAUACAAAGUCCUUCACAAACGUGUUCGUGACGCUGGCUUGUACAACACACGCUAUAUCUCGGGCUACGGACCUGAGAUUGCUCGGUACACUCUGCUCGCGGGCAUCUCUUUCUAUGCCUACCGUCACGGCUGGUUCAUCACAAGCGCACUCUUCCUGGGUCUGUUCUGGCAGCAACUGACCUUUGUUGCCCAUGACCUUGGACACGUUAGUGUUACGCACAGCUGGACCAUCGAUCGCCUCCUCGGCAUUGCGAUAGCGGACUUUAUCGGAGGCUUGAGCAUUGGCUGGUGGGUUGACAACCACAACAUUCAUCACCUCGUGCCCAAUCAUCCCACACACGAUCCCGAUAUCGAGCACCUUCCGUUCUUGGCCAUCUCACCGGUCUUCUUCGAGUCUAUCUGGUCCUCAUACUAUAAGCGUGUGCUUUUCUUCGACCGAUUCUCCUCGUUCUUUGUUCGGUUCCAGCACAAUCUGUUCUACAUCAUCCUUCUCUUGGCACGGUUCAACCUCUAUGCCAACUCCUAUCCAUUCCUAAUUCGCAAGGCAUUGGACACCCGUCGGACCCGCGGCGGGCGUUGGGCAUGGGCUCUCGAGGUGCUUGGGAUUGGCGUCUUCUGGACCUGGUUCACAAUGGUCUUGCGGGGAACAGGGUCCUGGAAAGCGGGCUUCCUGUAUCUUCUUGUCAGUCAUGUUGCAGCUGCUCCUGUUCACAUCCAGGUGCGUACGCAGUACCUUCCGUUGUACACAAGUAACGCGAAAGACCAGAUCGUUCUCUCCCAUUUCUCCAUGUCGACAACGGACAUGGGGCCGACGGAAUGCUUCGCCGAUCGUCAACUGCGCACCACCUCGGACGUGAUUUGCUCUGACGACAUUGGCUGGAUCCACGGUGGCCUUCAUUUGCAGGUCACCCAUCAUCUCUUCCCUCGUUUGCCGCGUCACAAUCUCAGGGCGGCCAGCAUGAUGGUCAAAGAGUUCGCUCGAGAACAAGAUCUGGUGUACGCCGAGUUUGGGUGGGUCAGUGGCAAUCAGGACGUACUUGGCGUCCUGAGAAAUGUUGCUGAUCAAGUCAAAAUCAUGGGCAAAGUUGCUCACGCCGAGGCACUGGAGGCAUCUGAGCGCCUCACCGCCAAGGCAGGACAUUGA